AUGGAGGACAGGACAUUGGGGGAUGGAGGACAUUGGGGGAUGGAGGACAUUAGGGGAUGGAGGACAGGACAUUGGGGGAUGGAGGACAUUGGGGGGUGGAGGACAUUAGGGGAUGGAGGACAGGACAUUGGGGGAUGGAGGACAUUGGGGGAUGGAGGACAGGACAUUGGGGGAUGGAGGACAUUGGGGGGUGGAGGACAUAGGGGGAUGGAGGACAGGAGGACAUUGGGGGAUGGAGGACAGGAGGACAUUGGGGGAUGGAGGACAUUAGGGGAUGGAGGACAGGACAUUGGGGGAUGGAGGACAUUGGGGGGUGGAGGACAUAGGGGGAUGGAGGACAGGAGGACAUUGGGGGAUGGAGGACAGGAGGACAUUGGGGGAUGGAGGACAGGAGGACAUUAG